AUGGGCUUCUUUGAAGACGAGGACAAAAAGUACCAGGAGGAGGUUAACGAUGUCAAGGCUUGGUGGCAAGACUCAAGAUGGAGGUACACCAAGCGUCCCUUCACAGCUGAGCAGAUUGUGGCCAAGCGUGGGACCAUGACGAUCGACUACCCUUCGAACGUCCAGGCCAAGAAGCUCUGGGGUAUCCUCGAGCAUAAUUUCAAGAACAAGGUCCCAAGCUACACCUAUGGCUGUCUCGAACCUACCAUGGUCACCCAGAUGGCCAAGUACCUCGACACCGUUUACGUAUCGGGCUGGCAAAGCUCUUCCACCGCUUCGUCAACCGACGAACCCUCCCCCGACCUUGCAGACUACCCUAUGAACACCGUACCGAACAAGGUCAACCACCUCUGGAUGGCUCAGCUGUUCCAUGACCGGAAACAGCGCGAGGAGCGCAUCACCACCCCCAAGGACCAACGCCAAAAAGUUGCCAACGUUGACUAUCUGCGUCCCAUCAUUGCUGAUGCGGACACCGGCCAUGGUGGUCUGACCGCUGUCAUGAAGUUGACCAAGUUGUUCAUUGAACGUGGUGCUGCUGGUAUUCACAUUGAGGACCAGGCUCCCGGUACCAAGAAGUGUGGACACAUGGCCGGAAAGGUCCUGGUGCCUAUCAGCGAGCAUAUCAAUCGUCUUGUUGCCAUCCGUGCUCAGGCUGAUAUCAUGGGUUCGGAUCUCCUUGCCAUCGCCCGUACCGACUCCGAAGCCGCUACCCUCAUCACCUCUACCAUUGACUUCCGUGACCACCCCUUCAUUGUCGGAUCUACCAACCCCGGUCUCCAGCCUCUGAACGACCUGAUGGUGGCUGCUGAGCAAGCUGGUAAGUCUGGAGAGGACCUCCAGGCCAUUGAGGACCAGUGGAACGCUCAGGCUGGCCUCAAGCUCUUCGACGAGGCUGUCAUUGACACUAUCAAGAGUGGUGUACACGUCAACAAGGACGGUCUUAUCAACGACUACCUGAAGGCUGUCAAGGGCAAGAACAACAGCGAGGCCCGUGCCAUCGCCAAGGGCAUUACUGGUGUCGACAUCUACUGGGACUGGGACUCUGCCCGUACCCGUGAGGGUUACUACCGCUACCGUGGCGGCACCCAGUGUGCCGUCAACCGUGCGGUUGCCUUUGCACCCUUCGCCGACCUCAUUUGGAUGGAAAGCAAGCUCCCCGACUUCAAGCAGGCCAAGGAGUUCGCAGACGGUGUGCACGCCGUCUGGCCCGAGCAGAAGCUGGCCUACAACCUGUCGCCAUCCUUCAACUGGAAGAAGGCCAUGCCUCGUGACGAGCAGGAGACCUACAUCCAUCGCCUCGGUGAGCUCGGAUACUGCUGGCAGUUCAUCACCUUGGCCGGUCUGCACACGACGGCACUCAUCUCGGACCAGUUCGCGCACGCGUACUCGAAGCAGGGUAUGCGGGCGUACGGCGAACUGGUGCAGGAGCCCGAAAUGGAGCGGGGCGUCGAUGUGGUUACACACCAGAAAUGGAGCGGUGCUAACUACGUGGACAACAUGUUGAAGAUGGUUUCGGGAGGUAUCAGCAGCACGGCUGCUAUGGGCAAGGGUGUGACGGAGGACCAGUUCAAGGCAUAA